AUGAAUUGUAAUGCAUCUCGGUCCCACUCGACGUUUGCGUUUGACGACCUGCCGCCCGAGCUCCGCACGCAUGUUUUCGGUUGCCUCGAGGGCGAUAUUCCAACUCUUUACAAUGCAGUCCAUGUCAACAAAGAGUGGUUCGAAGGUCUAGUCGAUCAUUUGUGGCGCAAGCCCGAACUGAAAGCUCUGAUUUGCCCUUCUAAGCACAGUGGCCGUCGUCAAUUCUAUGCCAACAAGAUUCGUAAAAUCGUCAUAGAUGGCGAUGAUGUGGUCUGCAAAGAGCUCUUAUCAACGCUCACGAUGCCAAUGCUUGAGGGCCUCCGAAUCAUGGGCAGCACACCUGAUGAUGGGCUGCUUUGUCCACUUCUGGGACAAUGUCUGCGGUCUAUCAGAUUUACAGGCUGGCUCAGUGCGCCUGCAGUCCAGGCUUUGAGUAAGUGCACCAAACUGUCCCACGUCACUUUACAAGAGACUGCAGAAGUCGAAGAUUACGAGGCAUUGAUGCAAUUUCUGGUGAAGCAUCCUUGCCUAGACACAGUCGAGAUCGCUGAGGACAUCCUGUCUCGUCGGGUCACACCUGCGUUUGACGGGAUUGUGUUUGAAGUCCGCACGAAUGAAACCCUAGCACGGCUUCUCAAGUGUGGUUGUUUUGAUAAUCUCAAACUGGUCAAGGACAUAGACGAGGUCGACCUAGGAGAGAUUCUUGGCUUCAUCGACGAGCCGCUUUCUCCAAGUCCCAAUCUGACUCGCUUAAGCGUCAGUGGACAUGGAGAUUUCCUAGCGCUUGCUCUCUCGACUGCAACCGAAGCCCUGCAGACUUUGGAGAUGGCCCUCCCGGAAUUCUAUGAGGGAAGUAUAUGCCGCCAACUGACGCGAUUCGCCAACUUGACCGAACUUCGUUUGUCGCUUUGGCCAGAACAUAGUCUGGGGUCAGUCGAGUUCAUGGCUCUUACUUCUCUGCCCAAUCUGAGUGUUUUGAGUAUCGUCGGUCGUUGGGAAGAUGAGGAGCCACCAAUGCUCGACUGGCUAGAUGAUGAUCGACUCGGUCAGUGGAUCACGAAGUUUCCUAACUUACGCAAAUUAGCCUUAGGGUUCAUCAGCGAAGGGCUCACUGAAUACUCCGUGUCUGCUGUUGGUCUUGCUUGUCGAUAUCUGGAAAGACUUACGAUAGGCUGGGAGCAGAACCCACGAACAUGGAGAAGAUUCGAGGGAAUCACGCCUGUGGUGUUUCCCAAACUAGAAAGGCUGGAGUUACUGAAUAUCGGCGACCAUAACACGUCCUAUUGGGACUUUGUAGAGUACGACGAAGUUUUGCAAGGCGCCCUCUCUUACAUUGAUCUGAUACUUACACUAGCACCUGGUCUGAAGGGUAUCGAGUUCCCUGGAGAGAAUUACGUAAUAGGAGCCAAAAGUGCUUUGAAGAUGGCCAUUGAGCAGAUCAUCGGGAUUCCAAAUGAGUACGAGGAUGUCAAGCUUAGCACAGCGCUUGCCAAGUUCAGAGAGGAACAUUACGGAGCAGGAACGGUUGAAAAGUGUCUAGCCUGA